CUAUGCGGAUUCUAAACGUGGUAUAUGGUGAUAACCGCUAUAGCGUUCACCUUGAACUAUAGCCGAGGAAACGGCAGAAGUAAACACUGAUGCAUCUUUGUAUGUGCAUGCAUCACGGACAUAGCACGCAUUUAUAGGGCAAAGGGGCUGUGCCAUCUUCUCGCGACUGCUUCAACCCUCGACAUCUGCUCAUAGCUUAUUUUGGAAAACCGGGAACAUUUCACUGGGGACUUGGGAGUUAGUUUUGAUAUGCAAUCUGCCUCCAAGUUCCUGAUGCAGCUUUCCACACUGUAGCUUGUUUUUUUUCUUGGAGGAAAACCGAGGAGAUAGUCUCUAUACACGUCUGACUUUCUGUUGUAUUUUCACUUCUAUUUCCCUCGGAAUAUUUCAGAAGGCUCCGGAAGUUUUUUUUUUUUUGCCGGACCGACAAUGGGCAUUUAUAGUUAUUUUGUGGUGCCUUGGAAAUGCCUCGUUGUUAUCACUCUGAGACUGCUGUUUCUUGUACCUGCAGGAGUGCCAGCUCGAAGUGGGGAUUCUUUUUCAAAGGACAAUAUCACCGUUAGACAAGGGGGUAGCGCCGUCCUAAGAUGCAGUGUGGACAGCAAAGUAUCGAGAGUAGCAUGGCUGAAUCGCACCACCAUUCUGUUUGCCGGAGAUGAGAAGUGGUCACUGGAUCCCCGCGUCAUUCUCCUGGACACAGUUCACACCGAGUACAGCAUAAAAAUAGAAAACGUGGAUUUGCAUGACGAAGGACCGUACGUGUGUUCAAUACUGUCAGAUAAAUUGCCAAAAUCAACAAAAGUGCAUCUAAUUGUCCAAGUUCCUGCAAGAGUUGUGAACAUAUCAACAGACAUCACGGUAAAUGAAGGAAGCAACGUCAGUCUGAUGUGUUUAGCCAUCGGGCGGCCAGACCCCAGCAUCAUAUGGAAACAUCGCUCCUCAAGUGGUGGUCCUACUAGCCGGUUCAUUACUGAGGGCGAGUACGUGGAGAUCACAGCCAUCACCAAAGAGCAGUCUGGCAUGUACGAGUGCAUGUCCACCAACUAUGUCUCCACCCCGGACGUGAGGACUCUGCGAGUCACCGUGAACUAUCCCCCUGUCAUUUCGAGAGCACGGAAUACAUUAAUUGGAGUCGGCCAGAGAGGCAUGCUACAGUGUGAGGCCUCCGCAGUUCCUCUGGCUGACUUCGAAUGGUAUAAGGAGGACAGGAAACUCCUGAACGGGCCUAAUGGAGUGAGGAUUGAAAACAAAGGAAAGCAGUCCAUGCUUACCUUUUUCAAUGUGUCUGAGGAAGACUAUGGAAACUACACAUGCGUCGCUAUAAACACUAUGGGCAUUACGAAUGCAAGCAUCAUCUUAUAUGGACCUGGCAUGCAGGACAUGAUUGACAUCAACAGUGCGGUCUCUCACCUCCCAAAACACCUCAUUCUGCUCUUGACCCUCCUCACAUCCUAUUUCCUCAAGUUUUGAUGUAAAAGCAGCAGCCCCUUCUCCCUGUGUCUGUCUGUUCAACAGCAUAGCAGACUCAAGCUCUACGGAAAAAAAAAGAUAAUAAUACGCAAAAUUCAACUCCAACUUUACUGUUUUAAAGUUUCAGUUCGGACUGUACGACGUAAGUGGAAGGCAUUGAAAUGUAAACCAAAAUGAAAUUGGAGUCAAUGUUUGUGUUGAUUACACUUUUUAAAAAAAUGUGAAACGAUAAGCAAAAAGUACUGUUGUGAAUAGUUGACUGGUUUUGCCCAAUAUUGAGGUGUAUAUUGAGAUUGCUGGUGUGUCAUGUUUUGUUUCAGUCUGUAAAAAAACUGUGUUUCUUUUCUCUGUAAUGAAGGAAAUAAUGCAACGUGAUUGUUCAAUUACUGUAUUUUUACAGUUGUAUGCAACAACAUAAUAUCACAGCAUUGAAGUAUUACAUCUGCUCAUACAGUAUGUUGGUCUUUAGUCCUGCACACUAAGACCAGUAUUCCACUCUGACACUGUUCAACCAAUCGGAAAUAUGACAGUGAACUGUGUGAAUGAUGGCUAUUUUGUCAGCCUCUCUCUCUCUCUCUAUUAAUACGCCAAGGUUACACUACCCUGACCUGGCUUCACGGACCUGUAUGUGUGUGUGUAUUCUGAUGUUCAGAGAUUCUCAUGAGGGACAAACAUGGGAAUCAUUUUUUUCAAGAGGCUAGGCUGGUGUCUUAGGUGAGUGUGGCUUUUUAUUAUGAUUUCCCCUGAGCCAUCUCUCUUCCAGUAAUAGCUACUGAGAAGGUGUUGGGUUGGUUAUAUGGCACAACAACAAAAAAAGAAAUCAUUUGGUUAAUGGGGGUGGGAGGAACAAAACAAAAAAAACAUGUGAAGCACUAAGAAUAAACAAAUGUCAUCCCACAGAA